UCCACCUUCGAAACGCCGCGUGUACCGUACAUUGCGAUGGAUCGCACCGCGCUGCUGCAUCGGACAAAGGGCCGAGGCUACGGCGCACGCUACCACGCGCUCUGGACGUGGGCGGCCGCUGCGGUGGCCAUCGCGGUCGCCUACUACGGCCCGCUCUGGGGCCUUGGCAUGAGCCUUACCAGCCGCAUUGACGCCUUUGAAGCUUGGUUCCGCGCCCACGGAGGCCUCGCGACACACGUGCGUCUCGCGCCGUUUGAGGGCAUGGGCCUUGGACUCCAAGCCACCGCCACGAUCCACGCCAACGACCAAGUGCUCUUCGUGCCCAGCGACAUCAUCAUCGGUCGCGACGUGGCCUUGAACGCGCUGCCGAAAGCGAUGCGCAAGAAAGUGGCCGCGCUGUCCUCCGACAACGACGUGCUCGCGACCUUCUUGGUGUACGAAAAGCUCAAGGGCCCCAAGUCCAAGUGGGCGCCAUACCUUGCUGUCUUGCCGACCGAGAUUGCGCUGCCCAUGGACGCACCAGACGACGCGCUAAUCGAGUUGCAGGAUCCCGGUCUUAUCCAGACCAUUCGCGCACGCCAAGCCGCGCUCCGCGCCAGCUUUGCAUCGCUCGAGUCGACGCUGGCGCGCUUCUUCGCGCCGUUCGGGGCACUCCCGACGCUGGAGCUCUACACGUGGGCGCAUGCAGUCCUGUCGUCCCGCGCCCUCACGAUCUCGGGGCGCCGCCUCCUUGUGCCCUUUGCCGACAUGUUUAACGGCAAGCCGCACGAGGUGGCGCGGGCGGCCCGGGGCGGCGCGCACUUUCUGGACUUUCACCGCGUGCAGAAGGACGGCAUGUAUAUCUUGGCCGACCGCGCGGUCGCGCCACCGCACCAGCUCUUUGAAGACUAUGGCGACAGUCCGAAUCACAUUUAUUUGGUGCACCACGGCUUUCUCAUGGACGCCAACCCGUUCGACUGCGUGCACGUCGAGCUGCCGCUGUCGACGCUGCCAACGUCCUUGCAGACGCCGUUUCGCCGCCUCUUGUACAGCGACGAGAUCGUCGACGAGAAGCUCCAAGCGUGCUUUACACCCACCGCCACAACGACGAGUGCAGUCGCGAGCGCCUACCUCCAGCUCGUGGUUUUGGGCGAAAACGAGGCAACGCGCUGCGUGACGCAGCUCGCGUCAUGCGCCAACGUCCACGUGGACGUGCCGACGUUGCUGAGCCGGGAGACGAAAUACGCCGAGUGGUUCCUGGCUCGCGUCAACGACCAAGUCGCGGCGUCGCCGACGCAGCUCCAAGACGACCUGGCGCUUCUGAGUGACGGCAGCGCGCCCUACCCCCUCUUUGUCGCGUACCGAGCGAGCCAAAAGCAGCUUUUGCUACGGUUGCAAGCGCACUUGACGCAGUUGCCGCCACAAAUCGAGCGGGAGCCGGCGCCGAAAAAGUCGCUCCACGUACCGAUUGCAACGACCGCGGUUGCCGCGCGCCUCGCGCGCUUCCAUGCGUGGGUUGAGUCCUUUGACCUCCCGUCGCUCAAGAUCCGCGUGCAGUACAGCGGUCCGUUGCUCGGGUUUGGCGCGUUUGCCACCGACGACAUCAGUCUCGACGAAAUCUACGUGGCGAUACCACCGCUCAUGCUCCUGGACGUGGCCUCAGCCAUGCGCUGCGAUGUGCUCGGACCCGUCUUUCGAUCGCUCUACUCGUCGACGGGCAGCCGAGAUCCGAUGCACGAACUGCUGCUGCAUCUCAUGCACGAACGCUACGUGCUCGGCGACACCUCGGCGUGGUUUCCGUACUUGGAUCUCUUGCCAGCGCUCGACGACGUGCCCGCUGCGCCACUCUUUUACACCGAGGCCGAGCUGGCGCUCUUGGACGGCACCGACCUUGGCAGCCUCGUGCUCGCCUACCGCGAUCAAGUGACCAAGAGCUACGACGCCAUUCGGCGCGUCGUCUUGACCAAGUUUCCGCAGGUCUUUUCAAGCGACGUCUUUUCAUUGGCCGCGUACACGCACACGCGGUAUCUGCUGGACACGCGGAGCAUUUGGUGGGGCGGCGAGCGCCACUUGGUACCGAUCUUGGACAUGGUCAACUGCCGUGCCGAGGGUCCGCCCAACUGGAUCUACCUCUUGUACCACGGCUUCGUCCUCGAGAAGAACUCGUUCGAGUGUCUCCACGUCAUCCUCGACUUCGCAUCGCUCACCACUCUCGACGCCAAAGUGCAGAAGCGCAUCGCGUCUCGGCUGCAGACGCUGGGCGUCGCGUCGCCAGCCGCCGAGUUUUGCAUCAAGCUCACGGACGAGAUCCCGAAAACGCUCCUGCAAGCGGCGGCCAUGUUGACCACCGCGAGCGUAGCGCGGGGCGUCUCGCUUGAAGCGCAAUGGCAGGCGCUGCAUGACAUUCUCUCCCAGAAGCGGAGCGUACUCGCGGCCAAGCUGCAAACGCCAGAAGCCGACUAUGGACGGUACGAACAUCGACUCGAUUGA